GCCACGACGCGAGUAACUCCGACGCGCCUCUAGUCACCCCUUAACCACGCUUCGCCAAAGUCGCGCGAGCAUGCGUCUCCCAUCGCGAGAUUCGAGAGGCGUAACGCUCGCGCGAAUGUCUUGUCCGCGUACGUUUUUCGCGUUGAAGCCGCGUUUUUCUUUCCGCGAACCGCGCGACGAAACCGGUUAAACGACCAGUGCAAAGAAAACGAACGAACGUUGAGCAGGUCCGGCGGCAGUCCAGGACCGAGCGAGGAGCCGACAAACACGACGGACAAGGAGCGGAACGAUCCGACGGAAGCUGCGGAACACGUCAAGAAAACUGUUCGCGAUUUUACGCUGAGCGGAGUGCAACCCUUCACGAAGCGGAAAACCUACAGACCGAUUUCCUUCAACCCCCAACCACCGCCACCGCCACCUCCGCCUAUUCCAAGCUAACCGAUCCUUCUCCUUCGCUACGAAGCGAUUCCCUCGACUCGCCUACAUUUAGCGUACGGAUAUACGUAUGUAUGUAUUUAUGUACAUAUGUAACAUAACGGAAUAAAAUAUCGUGUCUCGUUAAAACGUGACUGUCUCUUAAUUCGAAAGUCCGCCUCGCUUCUGCGCAGUUUCCCACUCCGAUUCUGCGCAUGCGCCUAUCCUCCCGCCUUUUACGUCGAUUUAUGCCAGUAAAAUGGCGAAUACGAAUAACGUCGCGUCCAAAACGGCCGGUCCUUCAUCGAGCACAGGAUCUGCCACGACUCGUCGCACCACGCCUUCCGUUUCUGUUGUACGGAGCGAAUUCGAGUCGCUGAUGUCCGAUAGCAGCGGCGACGAAGGGAAAGCGGAAGGUAUCAGCGAUUUCGCACUGUUUUCGCCAACUAUUUUCGAAAACAACGACGACACUUCUAAGGAAAUCCGACGUUCAACGUUCGUUGCCGCGCGUGCUCUUACUAUUCCGUCUUCCGCGUCGGUUUACUCCAGGAAAAUGACGAACGCGAGCGAAAUCGUCGAUCACUCGUCGAGCAUCGGAUCUGCCAGGACUCAUCGAAUCACACCUUCGAUUCCCGCCAUACGAAGCGAAUUCGAGUCGUUGAUGUCCGAUAGCAGCGACGACCAUGAGAAAUCGACCGAGGAAAUGGAGUUCGCGAUGGACUCACGACCGAAAGGUACCAGAGAAGAAAACGUCGAUACCGUGCCGAUUCAAGCGCGUGUCUUCGAAGACAAGGACGAGAUAGGUAAAGGUACGUGUCAGUGUUUGCACGAUAAGUCGGUUUCUUUCGUUUCGCAGAUCAUUCUGUCGAUGAUCUGGAACAAAAGUAGGCUCGGCGCGGCCUAUUACGACGUCGUUACGUCCGAAUUGUUCGUGAUGGAAGACGUAACUGACGACGCCGAGUAUUUCGACGCGACGAAAGCACUGUACAAGCAAUGUUUGCCGCGUUACGUGAUCACGUAUGCCGGCGUAGCUGUAACGUUCAUCAACGCCUUAAAGAAGAUGAUAAUCGGGGAAACGUCGAAGCAAGACUCGACGCAUUCCUUCGAUUCGAGGAGCACUUUGCGCAACGCAGAACUGAAGAUAACCCACAGAAAGGAGCACAAUUACGAGCGUUGUUGUCAGAGAGUACGUUGUUUGCAGCUGGAUUCGGAACCUAAAUACGCGACUAGCGCCGACAGACUGACGUUUUUGAACAGUAUACUGAAUUUCAAAUGUUGCGCCAUGAUUCACGCUCUCGGAUCGCUACUGUUGUUCGUUGAUAAACACUGGAGCGAUAUCGCGUUAGAUCGAUCCGGACGACCAUCGUUCGCGUCGCUUAAUUUCGUUACGCUUCGCGAUCUGGUCGCGAUGGACGAAGACGCUUACGAGGCACUGAACAUAGUGCGAGCCAGGGAUCAUCCGAGUUUAUUCAAGUUCGGCAAAACGAACGCGAAGACGAGGGGUACGAGCCUUUUCACUCUGCUCAGUGGUUACUGUCAGUCUCGACCGGGUGUACAAUGUCUCUGGAAAACGCUGCAUCAUCCGACACGGAACCUGGCCGUGCUCGAGGAGAGAUUGAACACGGUCGAAUUUUUCUUGGAGCCGAACAACCGAAACGUCGUCGCAAACCUGUCGGGUUGCUUGAAACACGUGUAUCGUUUGACCAACGCUAUACUCGCUUGUUGUUCGGGACCGCGAGCAAAAGCGUCCAAUUGGUAUAAACUGCACAAGACCAUUUCGCGUGUCAUAUCCAUCGGCGACAUCUGCGAGGAUCACGCCGAGAAGAUUCCAUCGUUCCAGCGAAUCGUCCAAAGCGUCAGCGCGGAGAUGCGAUACGUGAAGUAUUUCAUCGAAUACAUAGUGGAUUUCGGCGAGAGCAGGCGAGAAGGAAAACUCGUGGUUAAACCGAACGUCGAUCCUUUGCUGGAUGAACUAAAUCACGCGCGACGCACUUUGCCCGAACUACUCACCCGAAUGGCGGAGAAAGACAUGCGAGAGCAUCUGCCUUCUUCGGCCGCAGGCUGCAACAUGGUAUACUUGCCAAAUAUCGGUUACGUGCUAGCGAUAAAUAAGUGGAACCCGACUCCGCCGGAAGAAGACGUUGUAUUUGCCGAUCUGGAAUUCAAAUUUAGCAUCAACAAUGUGCACUAUUACAAAAGUUCUUCGGCUAAAGAGUUGGACGAGACCGUGGGCGACAUUAUAUUAAAGAUCGCCGUGCGACAAAAUCAGAUCGUACAGAAGCUCAUACGAUACGUGAAAAAACACACCGGCUCGAUUUUGCGAUCGAUUCAACUGUGCGCCGAACUGGACAUGUUGCUCGCGUUUCACGGAGUGGCGCGCGAUUACGAUUACGCGAGGCCGAUUUUAACCGAAUCGAAAACAUUGGAAGUAACCGAGGGACGACACCCGCUGCUGGAAUGCGCGUGCACGUUCGUCCCGAACGACAUUCGUUCCGGAAACGGGAAAAGUUUGAUCAAAGUGAUAACAGGGCCAAACUCGUGCGGCAAGAGCGUGUAUCUGAAACAGAUAGGAUUGGUGGCGUUCAUGGCUCACAUAGGCUGCUAUGUGCCAGCGAAAUCGGCCAUCAUCGGCACGCUCGAUCGUAUCUCGACUCAGCUGUCGAACACGGAGAGCAUCGGUUUAAACGCCAGCACGUUUCUGCAAAAUCUUCGACAGAUCAACGUCGCCUUUCGCGCGUCUACCUCCGCUUCUCUUGUGAUAACGGACGAAUUGGACCGGGGUACAUCGGAAACCAGCGGAUCGUCGUUGGUCGCUGCCGUACUGAACGCGUUCGCGGAAAAAGGUACCGGCUGCCCUCACGUAUUUGCCAGCACGCACGCGCACGGCGUGCUCGCGCUGCUUCCUCGAACGCCACUGAUCGAGAUUCAGACCUUCGAAUACGAGGUAAACGAGGACGACUCGUUGGUUUUUCUCUAUCGACUGAUCCGCGGAAGUACCGCGCGCAGCUUCGCGCAUUCUGCCGCGAGAGCCGCGGAAUUGGACGAGACGAUCGUCAAACGGAGCCUCGAGGUGUUCGAGAAGAUGAAGCGAGACGCGCUACCUUCGCCGAUUCAUCGACGCUUUGACGGGGUAAAGCGCAUCGUGGAACUAGUCGAAGCGAAUACGGACUUUGACUUGGACGAGCUCAAAUCAUUGGUGCGGCAGACCAUACUUCCGAAAUAAUUUUCAUCCCGUUUCGUAUUACACGCGUUUACUUUUUUAUUUGAAACGCACCGUGCGUUUAUCGAAGGUUCAUAGAUGUUGGCGAUUCGAUAUAAAUUAUAGGAAUAUUUGUACAACGAUAGUAUCGGUUUAACGUUUCCGAAUAAAAUAUGAGUUACACGAA